AUGCUUGAAGGAAUUAGGGGGUAUAUGAUGGAAAGAGUGGUGAUCAAGUAUAAUAUGCUGCAUGGGAGUACUGUUGAGUUGUGUCCGAGAAUAAGGAAACGUUUAGAGAAGGAGAAGGAGUUUGCUAGGCUGUGUGUAUCUAGGCAAUCUCACAAUAUGAGAUGUGAAGUUAAAAUGGGGGCUGAAGGGUACAUUGUAGACCUGACUUCAAAGGAGUGCAGCUGUGUGUAUCUAGGCAAUCUCACAAUGCAAGGGCAUGCCCAGCACCUGCUGCUGUCGUUGCUGCUCGAACUGUGGAACCAAGCUGCUGUCACAAGGAAUGGACCUGCUGCUGCCACAAGGAAUGCUGCUGCUGCUGCCACAAGGAAUGUUGUUGUUGCUGCUCCACAUAAUGAGAGUCAACCAAGGCAGAGGAGAGGCAACCACUGCUCCAAGUGUGGCUCUGCCACACACAAUGCCAGAACAUGUCCGUUGAACAGGGGAGUGGGAAUACAAGAUGUGAGGUUGAAUGUUGGCGAUCGUAUUACGAUUGAAAGGGAGCUUCGUCAAGCAACAAGAGGAAUUGGUGUUUAUGUUGAUGAGACCACUGGUAAUCAAUAUGUUAGGCUGAAUGGGGCAAAUGGGAGAUUUGUUGGGAAUCCACCUCCAACCCAACCUACUGAGAUGGAUCUGCCAGGGAGCCAGCCGUCACCAACCCAACCUUAG